GCCUGACGCCCAGGCGCCACGAAGGAAGGACCCCGUGGAGCCUGUCCUGCAUCAGAAGGGACAUGGCCUCGCUGGGACGGAGCCCUCAGGCUCUUCAGCUCACGCUAGCCCUGAUCAAGCCCGAUGCAGUUGCUCACCCGCUGAUCCUGGAGGCUGUUCAUCAGCAGAUUCUGAGCAACAAGUUCCUGAUAGUUCGCAUGCGAGAGCUCCUGUGGAGAAAGGAAGAUUGCCAGAGAUUUUACCACGAGCAUGAAGGGCGUUUUUUCUAUCAGCGACUGGUGGAGUUCAUGGCCAGCGGGCCAAUCCGAGCCUACAUCCUUGCUCACAAGGAUGCCAUCCAGCUCUGGAGGACGCUGAUGGGACCCACCCGAGUGUUCCGGGCACGCCACGUGGCCCCCGAUUCAAUCCGAGGGAGUUUCGGCCUCACUGACACCCGAAACACCACUCACGGCUCCGACUCUGUGAGUUCAGCCAGCAGAGAGAUCGCGGCCUUCUUCCCCGACUUCAGCCAGCAGCGCUGGUACGAAGAGGAGGAGCCCCGGCUGCGCCACUGGCCUGGAUGCUGCCGCCCAGAGGGAGGCUCAGCACCAGCCUGAUGCAGGCUUAUCGGCCUGUGAAGAUGCUGCCUCGCUUUUGGCUCUUAGACCUCUGGAUGAAAGCACUAUCCCUGGACCAAGGGAGAAAGCCCAGGAGCCUAGCCACCUCAUCACUGCCACCUCCUCCAGAAUCUAUCUCUAUCUACCUCUUCCCUGAAAUGGCUGCAGUUAGUUCACAAGAAUGGUCGCCGGCUGAAGCUGCUCACCUGUUUGGCUCGUCCCUUUGUUGAGAACAAUCGGAACUUGCCUGAUUGAUUUGCCUGGGUGGCAGUGACUUGGUAGAAGCAGCAUUUAGCGUAUCUUCCUCAAUAAAAGUCCGUGCUCAGCAGAA